GGUGGAUUGAGACCGGUGUGUUAGACUUUGUUUGUUUCACCCUAGACCCUGGCCCUUUUGUUUUGGGGCGCUGUUUGUCGGGAUGCAGUUUGGGACGUUGCGCAUAGCAACAGGAGGAACGACAGGUGAUUUUUGAAAGACGCACCCAGACAUUUCACAGUCAACAAGCUGGACCAUGGCCACAACAGAUGGAAGUCUGCUUUCGGCUGAGAUGAGCAAUGAGGAUGCGCUGUACGAGCAACUGCUGCUGCAGGCUGCAAAAGAGAUGCAGUAUCAACUUCCAACAGCACCGGAAUCCAAGCAGAUCAGACCACAGCCAGGCUUCUGUGUGAAGACAAAGACGAAGAACAGCGGGAAAGUUUUCAUCAACGUUUGCAAAUCCGAUCAGAUCCCGCCUCCGCCGGAUCUCUCCGAGGAGAGUUUGGUGGCCUUGCUGGAAUCAGAUGAUCCUUCCGGAUACAGGAUUCCCAUGAGUCUCGGUGAACCACAUGCCGAAAUUGACAACAGCGGCAAUGGAUGCACUGCAUAUGACAUAGUCAUCAAUUCAAAAUUUUACAACAAAAUUCUGAACAACAAACUCUUCAUGGAAUUUUUCCUUACUAUCGGCUUUGAAGGGCUGGAAAACAAAUAUAAUUUGGAGCUGUCCCGAGAGUGGCGAAUGCUGAAAAACAGGAAAUUUCUGGGAUCCAUAACGGAACAGAACAUCAGAACAAAGUCCAAACCUGUCAUCCAAGAACUGGAAUCCAGUGCUUUGAAUGCAGGAAGCUGCAGUAACCCCCUCAUAUCAGAAGUAGAACGCAGUACCUGUGUGGAGCCAGAAUUCACAAUAGUAGCUGAGCCUGCAGACGAGCACCCCAGCUUCCUGGUAGCAGAAAUUUCCUUACCAAAAGUGGAUUUAGCAAGAUCGUUACUACUUGACCUUGGAGAAGACCGGAUUGUGUUGUGGGCACGGCCAGACCUUUAUCAUCUGGAUAUUUACAUCCCAUAUAACAUUGUUCAGGAGGAAAGUGGCUCUCAGUUCAAUAGGAAAACCAGGGUUCUGACUAUAACAAUGCCAGUGCAGCCAGCCUAAGACCAGGAUUGCUUACAGAACCAUCAUAAUGCACGGAGAUCAAAUAACAUGGACUUUCACUUGAUCCCACGCCAUCGGUGCCAAACAUUUACUAUCCGAUUCUAUGAUUACAAGUUCUCUGUCUGUGCAUCGUAGGAUUCAGCUGCAUCAUUACGACUUGACCUUGGAGAAAACCAGAUCGUGUUGUAGGCACGAUUUUCAUGUUGAUUUCCAUGCCAAUGACUUUGUGUUCACUUUAAAUUUGUUUUUCACCGUCACAUUCUAGGGAAUUAUGUUUAAAAAUAAUUUAUGUUCCAAGUCCAUGGCCGCUGGCCUACCCUCUAGUAUCUUGCCCGAAUUUUUCUUUCAAUAUUCAUUUACAGAAUGUAAGCGUCACUCACAAGGGUAGCAUUUAUUCAUUCCUAAUUAUCCUCGAGGAGGUGGUGGUGAUCUGCCACCUUGAGCAUCACUGAGUGGCUUUCUGCACCAGAUCAGAGGGCAGUUAAGAGUCAGCUGCAUUGCUGUGGAUCUGAAUUCACAUGGAGGCCAGACUGGAUAAGGACAGCAGAUUUCCUUCCCGAAGUGAACCAGAUGGGGUUUUUAUGACAAUCCGUUAGUUUCAUCGUCAUCAUUACUGAGACUAGCUUUUUAUUCCAGAUCUUUAUUUAUUUGAAUUUGAUUUCCUCAGCUGCUGUGGUGUGAUUUGAACUUGAGUCGCUGGAUUAUUAGUCUAGGCCUCUGAAUUACUGGUUCAAUAGCAUAACCACUAAGCUACCAGGUUACCACUGUUGUGGUACUUGACAUUGGAGGACAUCAUAACCAUGUCCAGUGCUGUCCGCCUCCAAUAUUCUCGUAUUCUUUGCAGCAGCAGUCACUGGGUAAUGAUUAAAUGUGAGGAUGCGAAUUGACUAUUGCAAAUACACGAGAGGAGGAAAAAAGAGUUUGGGAUGCGCCCUUUACCCAGCGCCCCAACUCACAUCCAAAACUUUACUUUUCAGGCCCUGACUGACCUGCUGUGUGUAUGUGUCUUACGUUUUCUGUAUUUAUUUCUGAUUUAAAGCAUCCAAAUUUUUCCCUUGGCUAUUAAUGUAUGUUUCAUUGCUAGGACAUAAUAUUUCAGGGCCUGUUCCGAAGCCUGGUCUAAUGCAUUAAAAUUCUCAAAUGAAGGAAUGAAA